AUGCAGUCGACCACACAAGGCACCCGGCUGUCCCAGCGGCAUCGUCGCAGGACUGUGACGCGAACACGUGACAUCAGUACCUCGUCCGUAUAUUUAGGAGAGUGUCAGACGGUGCCCGAAGCACUGUGCCAGCUUACAUCAAGCUACAAUGCGGGACUCGCGGCCCCCGAACUGUGUUUGAGUGCCCCUGAUGGGGACGGCAGAAGCGUGCGCGCGCCGCUUUCUCGGCGCUCCCCUACCAUUCCCUCCGCGUACAUACUACGCUACGAUGCGGAUGCAAGCCCAAGUGACGCUGCCGUCCGCGUUCAGCAGAUGCUCAGUGUUCAUGUUAGGUUCUGUGCAGUGCCGCGCCCGCCGCUGACGAGUCAUAUCGCAGUCUGCGCUCACGAAUCGCUGCAAAGGAUAUCUGAAAUUUGGGCGAGCACAGGGUUCAUCACGCGUAGAACAGAAUCUGUGGACUUCCCGAAACGGCUACCCCUAGUGCUGCUGCGCUCGAGAAAGAAGUAUGAACUGCUACCCUCCGUGAAGGAAGAGGUGCACCGCGUGCGACUCCACUCGCUGGGGGGAGCGGUCAACUCGCCGGCUGCGCGGGAUCUGUUCAGUUUCCCAUUUGCGGACGCCUGCGUCAGGACAGCUCGGCAGAUGCGCAUCCGUGGUCGAGUGCGGAGUGCGUGGGCCGCUAAUACCUUACCGGGGAGCUUUUUGGAACUGCCGGGCGUGUACCGGGUGUACCUUCACGUGGGGCACGACAAGCGGGAGCCCUCCAACUUCUGA